AUGACAUUUCAGCUUUGUUGCCAGGAUGCAUCUCUUGCCAUAAGACUUGUUCUUGAGCGAUUUCAGUCUGUUGUGAUUACAUCUGGCACAUUAAACCCUAUAAAUUUGUACCUUUGUCUUCUAAAUUUUGAGCCUGUUGUGAAACCAAAGUGGUAUGAAAGACUGUUGGUUCUUACUGUACAGGGAGUUUUCUUCAAUGCAUUCUUUGUGGUUUACAUACUCUCCCCAAAGCUGGCUCAUAGAGUUGUUGGGUACCUUGAGGAGGAAGCUAUACAUUCCUACACCGAGUAUUUAAAAGACAUUAAUAGCGGUGCAGUUGAAAAUGUUCCGGCUCCUGCCAUUGCAAUUGACUAUUGGACGCUUCCCAAGGAUGCCAAAUUGAAAGAUGUUAUAACAGUCAUUCGUGCCGAUGAGGCUCACCAUCGAGAUGUUAACCAUUUUGCUUCGUGGUUGGUUCUACCACCACUAUGCUUUGAUCCAACCACCACUAUGCUUCUUAUAUUGGAGAAUUCUAAUCCAUCUUUAGCUUGUGAUUUUAAUAAGGGUAUAUUAGAUACCACUUAG